UUUGUUAUUGAUAAGUAUUUAAUUAUUCACAACGCUUUACUAUAAAAAUAAAAAAACUUUUCGGAAAAAAGUGAUCUAAAACUACAUUUUAAAGAAAUGAAUUUAAUAAUAUUUUAACAAAUAAAUAUACUCAAUAUCGUGGUACUUAUCUCGAUUGUUGUUGUACCAAAGAAAGCACGAUUUUAUUAUUCAAUGUUGUAUAAACGAACUAAAAAGUAAGAGUUUUAGUGCUGAAACUUUUAUGGUCAUCAUCAAAGCCUGUGGGUGUACUGAAUACAAGGUGAUAUCAUUAGCCCAAUUGAUCAUAGUUUACAAGUUUUUAUACCCUACACCACUAUAGUGGCUAAUGUUUGUAAUGCAGAAAAAUAUUGGUCCUACACGUAACUUAAAGUAAAAAAGUCGUUAAGGACUUAAAAUAGAAAAUAAUUUAAAAUUCUUAGGUCAUAACUGUUUCAAAUAUACUACUAUCCAAAAAUCGGCACAACUAAGUUAUAUAUUUAUAAGCCGAAAUGUGCAUUUCUGAAAAUCGCUUUAAUACUCGAUAUAUGAGAAUAAAAUUUGGCAUAAAUAUACAAAUCCUGUUGGUAAGAAGGCAAAAUAUCGAUUCAAAAAGACUAUGAAUUUCGGAACUCAUCCGAAAUUCACAAAUUAGCAAUUCAAGUGAUUAUAAGCCUACUUGUAGAUUCAAACAUCUGAGAGAAACGAAACUCAAUUUGUUUAAUUUCGAAAAUGUUGCAUGAUCAUGGCCAACCUAGUCGCUUUAUACCCGAUACUAAGCGUGGUCAUUGGGCCAAUCCGAAUGAUUUUAUCUAUGCCGGCUUAGGUUUGGCAUUUCGUUUUGAUGUCUUUUCAUUGUCAAGAAUCUAUUUGAUAGAUGCGAAUGUUAUUUACUUUAUGCCCGAAUGUUUACUGGGUUUAUUUUUCUAUAUAGUACCAUUUAUUGUAUUGCAAUCAUUUUUGGGUCAAUUUUCUAGUAGUGGUUAUAUCUCAGCAUUUCGUUUAACACCUCUCUAUAAGGGCAUUGGCUAUGUUGCGCUGAUGUUAAACAUUUGUGUACUUUCUUUUUAUAGUAUUUUUGCCAUGAUAGCUCUAGUCUAUAUGUUUUCCUCUAUGCAGCCAACAUUACCCUGGAAUUAUGAAAAUUACGAAAAAUGGUCGAUGAAUUUUACUAAACAAGAGAAGAUAAAUCUUUGCAAUUUAUAUGUACCAGACGACAAUGAUGCUCACUAUUCGGAUAAAAUAAUCGCUGGUAAUAAUUACAUACCCUCAGCUUUGUAUUUCAAAACCUUUUUCGAAAAUACUUACGGUUUUGUUGAUUUUUCCAUGUCAUGGCAAUUGGUAUUAUGUGACAUUAUAGUUUGGACUCUGGUCAUAUUGUUCUUUUAUAAAUUCUUCAAUACUGAAAGGUUUGGUGCUAUUAUACGUUACACCAUCUGGAUAUUGCUCGCACUUCUUUCGGUGUUAUUAAUACGCUUUAGCUUUUUACCCGGUUCUGGAAAAGUAUAUUAUAGUGUUUUCGUACCCUCUUGGGUAAAUUUUACAAAUAGUCUUAUAUCUAUGCCAAUUUAUAGUAUAUAUUCUUUUGGACCCGGUUGGGGUCUUUUCAUAACAUUGGCUAGUUUUAAUAAAUUUAAAACGAAUGUUAUGCAAAAGAGUUGGUUAAUUGGACUCGGACAAUUGGCAAUAGUUAUUGGUUUGAAUUUGUUGGCUAAUUUAAUAAAACAAUACUUUAAAGAAGUAACAGGUGAUAAGUACUAUACGGAAGUGGCACAUGUUUGGAUACCAUAUUUAUCCGCAGGUAGUGCCAUGACCGAUAUGGCAUGGGCCAAUUUAUGGUCAAUAUUAUAUUAUUUUAUGCUGUUUUUAUCUGCCAUGCUAACAAUCAUCAUGGAAUUGUAUACAAUUUUGACUACAGUUUUCGAUGAAUUUGCUGCUUUGAGAAAGUGCAAAGUAUUAAUGGGAACAUGCCUCAUAGCCGCCACAGCACCGAUUUCUCUAUAUUUCACUUCAUAUAUUGGCUUUCGAAAUUUUGUUGCUAUUUUAAUCGAUACAUAUUUUACACAUACCAUCCUUAAUUUAUUGUUAAUACUGAUUGUACUAUGGAUUUAUGGACGUGAACGUCUUCAGCGUGAUAUGAAGUUUAUGACAAAUUCACAUUUUUCCACGUGGCAAAUUAAUGCUCUCCGAUUUGUAGUACCAUUGGCUUUGUUGAUUAUUCUGAUAUAUUUCUUUUUCGAGGCCUGCGUUACCCACUAUUUAUCAAAUCAGUUUAUUGCAAUUUUCGCCUUAAUCUUUAUUAUUAUUCCAAUAGUUUUAAUACCGAUCUAUGCCGUUUAUUAUGUGUGUCAAAGUGAUGUUGGUAGAUCAAAUAAUUGGUAUCCCGUUGAACUAGAGGACCGUGAACGUUAUGAAGAUGUUGUAAUUUCUAAUGAUAGUAUAAUUCUUGAACAAAAAGAUAUUACCGACUAUAAUACAUCGCCAAUAUAAAAAAAUUUAUCCAAUAAAAAUAUUUAAGAAUUUGCUUGUCAAUUUAUAUUCCCAGCAAAAAAUUACAUUGAAAAUUAAAAAGCUAAAAAAUUACUUCAUUAUUUAUUCA